CACGCCCCCUCUUGCCGUCCCUUGAAUCCCUGACAUCAACACACUAUGUCUCCAUCUGGUGGCCGGCAUGGUAAACACACACCAGCUUUCCAAGCCAAACAUUCCAUACAUUUCUACUUGCGGCCUGUGUGGUAAAUUGGUUUUUUAUCACCGUGAUCUUCAACAUCCGCUACUGCCGAGAUGGACCUGGAGCAUUUCAUUCAUCCUGAUACAUGUUGAGAACCGAGCGGAAGUAGCAAACGGAGGGAGGAAUGGAGUUAAAGGGACGAGACGUUGGUGCAUCAAAGGCUGAGAUUGGGGACGUUGGUGGGAUGGAAGAAGUGCGGAGAGACGAAGACGAUGGAUGAAGCAAGUGAAAUAGAAAUACUAAGAUGGCUGCACCUCAUCAUUUCCUGCAUCUAGGUGGCGUCGGUGUUCGCCCCCCCACCCCCGAAUCAUAUUUCCAAUUGGUUUGUGACCACACAUGCUAAAUAAAAAAGAAACACUUGACUGUGUUGAGGUUUGACGGUACUAAUCCAAAACUACGACUACACAACGAGGGCCAGAAGAUCUGGCAUUUAAUCCACGUGUCUGACGACUGCAUCCACCGCAACACAGCAGAAGAAAAUAUGGGUUAGGAUCACCCUGGGCCUGGCAUUGCUCGAUUCCCUGGCCGACAUCAUUCCUGCUUCUGAUAGGACCACAGGAACAUCAAACCUUCCAUGGAACAUCUCGCAGGUUAUGGAUGCCGUCUAUGGGGUGGUUCCAUCCAGUUCCGUCCAGAGUCGUACAGACUACAGUGAUCUGUGCCUGGAACCAUACCAGAUUAUACUGCAAACACACUUACUUUCACAUAGUACUUGUAAAUGUAGUACACUUGUAAUACUUUCUUUGUGUCUGUUGUGUGUAAAACACAACCUGAUGUCCAUUUGUUUGUGCAUCACUAGUUUGACCUCUGUGGUGUAACAUGGGGGGGGGGGGGUCCAACGUGUGGCCUGGGGGCCAUUUAUAGCCUGUUUUUUUUUUAAUUGGCCCACAGAUCCAGAACAUUCUAAAAAUAGAAUUUAACAAGAAAACUUAAAAAAAGAAAAGAAGCAGCAAUAAUAUUACAAGAAUAAAGUUACAAUAUUAAGACAAAAAAAUCGUAAUUUUAUGACAAUAACCUGGUAAUAUUAUGAGGAUAAAUAAUACUUUUAGUGACAUAAAGUUCUUUUUUUUAUGUUUGAAUUUAUGGAAAAUUAGAUUCUGGAAAAAAACUACAAUAAAGUAAAUAAAUUCCUUAAUAAAGUUAAAAUAUUAUGGGAAUAAAUUCAUAAUAUUACGAAAAGAAGAUUAUGUAAUAUUUGGAAUGUUAAACAAAAAAAAGUAAUGUGAUGCAAAUUGUCCAUAUAGGUAUGAAUGUGAGUGUGAAUGGUUGUCUGUAUGUGCCCUGGGAUUGGCUGGCCACCAGUCUGCCCCAAGACAGCUGGGAUAGGCUCCAGCACACCCCACGCUAGUGAGGAUAGGCGGCAUAGAAAAUGGGUGGAUGUAAAAAAAAAAAAAAGCGAUGAAGUUUUCCUUUCAUUUUUCACAGAAAAAGGUUCGAACGCAUCCUGUCAGGUCUUCAAAUUAAAAGCACGCCAGUAAAACCACGUGAUUGCAGCACAGUAGUCGGGUCUUCCCACCCUGGGGAGGGGGCGAUUUUAUGUUUUUCAAUUUUAAAGCUAUAUUUUAAUACAGAAUUAUUUAAAAAAUAUCCAAAUGCAAACAUUGAGCCGAAUGCCAUUAGCUGGGCCCUCCCUCCUGCCUUCCUCUCUUCCCUCCAUCCAUCCUUCCUCCUCAGCAUCAGCAACCUCUGCCGCAUCUCACGCACACUUUACGUGCCUUGUCAUUACGCACGGGGCAGGUUUGGGCUUGCAUAGCAGCCGUGGGAGGAAAAACACGCAGAGGCUUUUACGACAAGGACUAAAUUCAGGCUGUUAGCGGAAGUGGACGUGAUGCCCGCGUGACUGCGGGCGAAGGAAGCGAAGCGAAACGCGAAGGUGGACUGGGUCGCCGCGUGGAGCGUCCAUCGCCGCCUUUGCUGCAGUCGAACAAUCGAUGGACGGCAUCUGCUUGCUCUCCGCGUCGCGCUAACGAGCGUCUCCGUCGUGGCAGAUGACGAGGACGCGGGAGUGGGCGCGUCUUCCUUCUUCUGUCCUGCUUCGGGACGCUUGAGAAUGUGCGGCCUGCUGCUUGUCUUGCCGCAAUGCCAGUGGUGAGAGGAGGGUGAGGGGGGGGAGAAAGGGGGGAGAGCGAGGAGGCAUGGCUGCAUUAAGGUAGCAAAAUGAGGAGACAUGUGCAUCAUCGCCGAGGAGUCCUUCUGAGGAGGUGCUGAAGACUUUAGGGACCCCCGGGUUGAGAUCCGAGUGUCAUGGCCGCCAAAUGAGGUGGACUGUUUCCGUGUUCCGUUGUCAACCUUCCGCUCCAAAAAAAAAAAGUGGACGCCCACGUGAACUUUAGCUGAAAAAGCGGGAACGUCAUCGCCAAAACAUGCCGUCGCCGUCCGACUCCAGCAGCGUGGCGUCCGCCUCGGGGUCCCGAGGCUGGUCAGACAGCCGGCGGGGCAUCUCGGGUCGAGGCCCCGGUGGCGCCCGGUUGCUUCUAUACCUGGGUCUGUGCCACCUGGGCCUCGGGGCCAUGGUCCUGGCCUUCUCCUUCACCAGCAUGGCCUUCACCUCGUCCGCUCGAGUCAGGCAGUCCUGUCCGUUCUGGGCCGGCUUUUUUGUGGUGGCAUCAGGGAUUGUGGGAAUCAUCUCAUGGAGGAGACCUUUAACAUUGGUGGUGUCUCUGUUCAUGCUGCUGUCCGCCGUGUGCGUGAUCCUCAGUCUGGCGGGCUCCAUGCUCUCCUGUCAGAAUGCCCAGAUGGUCAAGUCCAUGCUCACCUGCCAGGUGGAGAAUGGCCGCUGCGUGUGCUGCGCGCCGACCGAGUCCUGCUCCAGCAAAGAAGAUGGAACCCUGGUACUCAACCUGAAUUCCGACUGCCACUCGGUUAGACAUCAGCUGAAGGACUUGUUGUUCAGCGCGUGCGGUCUCAGCAUCCUUUCCACCAUCAUCUGUACUCUGUCCACGGUCACCUGCAGCAUCCACAUCUUCUCCUUGGACCUUGUGCACCUGUUGGCGCCACAUCGCUCUCGCUCCGUCAACCCGGAAUGCACCACGCCUCAGGACGCCUUCCUGACCAACAUCAUGGACUUUGAGGAGUUUGUCCCGCCCAUUCCUCCGCCUCCUUACUAUCCCCCCGAGUACACCUGCAGCUCAGAGACCGACGCUCAGAGCAUCACCUACAACGGGUCCAUGGAGAGCCCCAUUCCUCUGUACCCGACCGACUGCCCUCCCCCCUACGAGGCUGUGAUGGGGCAAAGAGCUGCCAGCCAGGCCACCAUGUUUGACCAGCACGGUGCCGAGCUGUCUGGAGAAAGGGGGACGUCUACAGCAUUCAGCGGAGAAGCGUUUUUCUAUUCAGUCUCCAUGGAUAGCGGAUCUUUGCUAAUGUCCGAGAUCGUGGACAUCCCCGACGAUUCGUCGCCAUCCGAGGACUCCUGUCUGCUGGAGGCGGGGCUGAGAAGCCACAGGGGCAGGGCCAGCAGAGCGGCCAGCGAGGUGAGCGACGGGGGAGACGGAGGAGGGGACCGCCGCAGUCUCCGCGGCCCCCGCUCUCAGACGCCGGAGAGUCCCUUGGCCGGGGGACCCAGGGCCCGGUGCUUCGUUCGAGGCGAGAGGUCCAACUCUUGCUCUUCACCCAGCACUGCAACCACCACGUACAGGUCUCCGGUGUUACGGCGCCAGGCGGUGCUGGCUCGGAGUUGUUCCCAGCUGGAAGCAAUCGGGGGGGCCGCCCCGCAGCAGCGAUGCUCCAUACCAGACAUUCGGGUUCGACCCUGCACUCCUUUAUGCCAAGUUGCUGCCCGCGACUCCUCAGCUCCCUUCACCAGCGAGAACUGUACAGCUCAGAAUAGCGGGCUGUCGUCGCAACGUGCGCCUCUCUACCUGCGGCGACGAGCCGCGAGGAAUUAUGGCAGAAGCGACGGCGAAGGGCACCUCCGUCUCGUGAGGUCCCACAGCGAGCCGGGCAUCAGCUCCUCUCCUGAUACAGCUGACGUGGUCUUGGGCUGCACUAAGGCCUCCCCAGAUACGGGUCCAUCCUCAGAGGCGUCUCUGCUGCCUCGCGCUUCUUUGCCUCCUGCUGCCGCUUUGCCACGGAAAGACAGCAUGAAAGCGACGGCGACGGGGGUGCACGUUCCCGCUAAAGUGCCACCCGUGUCCCCGCGGCGUUUACCCAAAGAAUACCACCGUUCUCUUGGAGACCUCAAGGUGACUCGAGUUCUGGUGGCUCGCUUCCUGCAGCGCUCCAAACGCAACCUGGCGCCCUCUUCGGAGCACACUGGGACCGCAGGGCAGGUGCCUAAAAGGAGGGGGGCGUCCGAGGGCGCUGCCACUACCCAUCUGCCCAUGGAGGUCUGGCGGACCCCUUGGAGUGUCAGCCGAGGACAACCCAACAGCCACCUUCAGCACCGUGGUCACCAUCACUCCCACAGCGACAGCCGACACAACCGACAUGGCGGCCGGGCUCCCGAAGGGAUCCACCUGCGUAGCUGUGGGGAUUUAAGCUCCUCCUCCUCGCUAUCCUUGCGUCGGCUGGUGUCACCUCGCCUCCUGCGCGGCUCGUCGGGAGCGCUGUACUCGGAGUCUGCGCUGUGAGGAAGGUCGGUCGGACACUGGAGGACCGUCAGGCUGAUCUUGGAGACCGGGUGGACUUCUGGUAUCCACAUAAUAAUGCAUCGCAAUGUGCUACCGGCCCUUUUGUAUAUUGGGUUGAAUGAUAACCACAAAAAAUAUUAUUUUGUCUUCCAUUUAAAAAGAAAUAAGACUGCAUAGUUCGAUAUCUAUAAUGUAAUAUAAGCAAAUUGGGUACACGUUUCUUUCCUUUUUCAGCUCGACGUUAGCCCUUUAAAGAGAGGCGCACAGCACACAUAAUAUGACUGCACGUCUUCUUGUAUUCUUUAUUUAUAGGUGGUCCCCGGACACUUGGUUUGGUGUGUGCGUGCAUGUUUUACGACCCCACAAACACGGCAAAAAAAAGCUUGUUCAUCAGACCUGAACUUGCCCCCCCACCCCAACCCCCACCGUUGGCCCAACGUUGCAAGUAUCAUGUCCUUGAAAUGUCUUUAUUUGCAUGGUUUUGACAAAAUGCUUCUUAACUUUUUUCUUGUGCACACAAAAACAUCCGCGAGCAGGCAGUGGAAAUCUGAUAUGAAAAGAAAAGGUGCGUAUUGCGGCACGCCGGUUUGGUUUGCGACAUGUCCCUGUGCACAAAGCGUAUCUGCCGUCUGAUCCUGUAAGAUAAAGAUGUGGAAAUUGCACUGCGGCUCAGAUGACAUGAGUCUCUUGCAAUAAAUGUACAUAGUUGUAACGUCACACCAGAUUUUCCAUUUUCCUUCUGGAAAAUGUGGAGCAUUUGGGACACGCAUAAACAUAUGAAACUCAUGUUGAUUCAUGUACGUCCAGGUACAGACACUCUUACACAGCAGGUUGUCUUUCUACCUCUUCAUGUCUUGCAAUUAUUGCAUUAUGUCUUGCGAUAUUUAUUUAUUUAAGAAAUGUUUAUCUGUAUGGCAGGCUUUGCAGGAUACGGCCUUAAAACCUGAAUAAAUUGUAUGUAAAUAUGA